AUGGACGCUGUGAUGCGUGUCAUCGCCAGGGUUGAGCAGACCCUUGGCGCAUGGCACUUUAGCACCGUGGAUCAAGAUAGAAAGCUCUUUCGAUCCGGCAAGGCGAGUAGUACGGAGGUCGUGACCGGGGCGAUGAGCACCCUCCUGCCCAUACUCGGCGACCUGCUCAAGGAGGAGUACAACCUGCAGAAAAGCACUAGGGGUGAGAUCAAGUUCCUCAAAGCAGAGCUGGAGAGCAGGGAGGCUGCCCUCAUCAAGAUCUCAGAGGCACCCUUGGAUCAGUCACCUGACAUCCAGGUCAAGCUCUGGGCGAGGGAUGUCAGGGACCUUUCCUAUGAGAUCGAAGAUGGCAUCGAUAGAUUCCGGGUGCACCUUGAGUGCCGGCAACAAAAGAAGCCACACAACUUUAUGGGCUUCAUCCACAGAAGCAUGGACAUGCUGACAAAGGGCAAAAUCCGACACAACAUAGGCAUCGAUAUCAAAGACAUCAAGAGCCGCAUCAAGGAGGUCAGUGAGCGGCGUGAAAGGUACAAGGUUGACAGUGUUGUGCCCAAGCCCACCAGCACAAGUACUGAUACCCUUCGCCAGUUAGCUUUGUUCAAAAAGGUGACAGAGCUUAUUGGCACCGAAGGGAGGAGCCUUGACAUAGUCAGGAUGCUAAUGGAGGGAGACGAGAUGAUAAAGAAACAACUGAAGCUGGUCUCUAUUGUUGGCUUUGGAGGCUUAGGGAAGACAACUAUUGCUAAUGUGGUGUAUGAGAAGCUUCGUGGGGACUUCGAUUGUCGAGCUUUUGCUUCCGUCUCUCUUAAUCCUGACAUGAAGAAACUUUUCACGAGUUUGCUCCAUCAACUUGGCAAGGGAAAGUACAAUAACAUCAUGGACGAGUCAGCGUGGAGCGAGACACAACUCAUAAGUGAGAUAAGAGAAUUCCUCCGAAACAAGAGGUAUUUCAUUGUUAUUGACGACGUAUGGGAUAAAUCUGCAUGGAGAAGUAUUAGAUGUGCUUUGACUGAGAAUGGAUGUGGUAGUAGAGUAAUCAUAACAACUCGCAUUCUGGAUGUUGGCAAAGAAGUUAGUGAUGUUUAUCAGCUUAAACCACUUUCUGCUAGUGACUCAAGAAUAUUAUUCUACCAAAGAAUAUUUGGAACUGGAGACAAGUGUCCUCCUGUUCAGUUGGCUGAAAUAAGUGAGAGCAUUUUACGGAAAUGUGGUGGGGUACCAUUAGCUAUCAUUACAAUGGCUAGUGUGUUGGCUAGUAAAAAGGAACAUCAAAAUACAUACACGUAUUGGUCAAAGGUGUACCAAUAUAUGGGUUCUGGGCUAGAAAAUAAUCCUGACCUGAUGGACAUGAGAAGGAUACUAUACAUCAGUUACUAUGAUCUAUCUCCAAAACUUAAGGCUUGUUUACUGUAUCUCAGUUUGUAUCCAGAGAAUUAUGAUAUUAAAACCAAAGAGUUGAUAUGGAAGUGGAUAGGUGAAGGAUUUGUUCGUGAAGAGCAGGGGAAGAGCUUGUAUGAAGUAGGAGAGGAUUACAUUGCUGAGCUCAUUAACAAAAGCUUGGUCCAACCGAAAUAUAUCGAUAUUGCUAAUAAGCCGAGCUCUGUCCAUGUACACGACAUGGUGCUUGACCUUAUCACUUCCUUGUCAAAUGAGGAGAGCUUUCUCGCAACACUGGGUGGUCACCAGACCAGGUCGCUACCAAGUAAGGUACGUCGAUUGUCUCUCCAAACCAGCAAUGAAGAGGAUGUGAAGCAAAUGCCAACCAUGAGUAGCCUGAUCCAUGUGAGAUCACUUACUGUGUUCAGUAAAGACCUCAGUUUGUUUUCAGCACUUUCAGGUUUUCUUGUCCUACGUGCAUUGGAUUUAAGUAAUUGUAGGGGAGUGGGUAAUCAUGAUAUGAUGGAGGUUUGCAAUUUAUUUCAUCUGAGGUAUCUGAGUCUAGAAGGGACAUCUAUCACUGAGAUCCCGAAAGAGAUCGGCAACCUGCAGCUUCUGCAAGUGCUAGACAUAAGGUCCAUCAGAAUGGAAAAAUUGCCAUCAACCUUUGUUCAGCUAAGACAACUGGUGUUUAUUGACAUGGCACAAUGGAGAGACGAAGACCUCCAAAUACUUGGGAGCAUGCCGUCUCUGCGUGAUAUCUCUCUAUUUGUAGAGUACUGUCGAGAAGUCACACAUAAAAGGCUAGUCAUUGACAAUGGUUGUCCCUUCCGGUCUCUGACAAGCUUCAUCAUCCACGACGACUACAUCAUCGACCACGACCACCGCGACCACUGCUAUAUCAUGAUCUGCUACAUCAACAUUGAAAUACAGGGUUAUGUCUACAUCAACAUAUCAGCAACAGCUCCAGUCAACAGCGUCCGCAUCAUCACCAGCGUCCACGCCACUCCCGUUGGGACCGCAGGAGGGAAGAAAGGAGAGACAAGGAAGGCACCAGAAAGGGACGCAGUCACCGCCCUAGGUGACGAUCCAUCAGUUGAUGAUGGCUCAGCAGAGAAGACGAAGGAAGAACAAGACUUCAAAUUCAAGUCAUAA